UCUCUCCCUCUCUCAUAUCUCUCUUUCGCUCUCUCUAUCUCCUCAAUCUACAACUUUAAAUUGCAGAUCUUCGUUAUUUAGAUCUAAAUUGUGAAUUUCUGUCAACUUAUUCGGACCAAUUGUUCGAAAAUCGACGUUUCGAGUAUGAUUUCUUUGGUAAUCUCUGAAAUCCGAUUCAAAUCCAUGAUGCUAAAUCUUGAGUAAUUCACCUCCGUCGAAGCUCCAUUGUAAAAGCUUUUGAGCUUAAACUCGUUAUUGAAACAAAAUCAGAGGAAGAUAGAAAAUUGCAUUUACUGCUUGGUUGUAAUGGUGGUUCUUUCAAGAUCAAUGAGAGGAGGCCACCAUAAGGUUUAUGUCAGAGUAGGUUACAGGAGAAGGUGAAGAGAGAAAAAGAAAAUAGAAGGGGAGAAUAUAUAUGGUAUAAUGCUAGUGCUUCGUAUAUUGGGUAAUACAUACUCUGGUUCACCCAUGCAAUGAAUCUAAAGCUCGUAUGUAACCAAUGAUUUGAGCAAGGGUGUUAUCUAAAGCUCGUAUGUAACCAAUGAUUUGAGUAAGGUUAGCAUCCAUGGGUCUUCCUGAUGCUCCCGCCAUCCGCUCUACAAUCUGGAAGGUUUAAAGGUAGAUCAUAUAUUGGAGUCCUUGACGAUGAUCAGAGCUCUUUGUCUCUUCUUGAUAUCCCUUUCACAGUUAUAAGCAAUAUUACAUUAGGUUCCAAUUGCGCUUGUAUAUUUGAGGGUGGAUCUGCUUUGCUUCCACUAUCGGUGGCUAAGUUGCCAAUAGUGCCACUAGAGCUAUUCCUGGAGAUGGUGCUGCAGGUGCCGCUUUACUUUUUGCAGCUCCUGCAAUUUCCCUUGAUUGGUGGCGACGGAGGAAGCCACAAGAACCUUUUUCCCAUUAUUAUGUAAUCUUUGUUUUAGUUUUAGUUAUUAGGAAAUAAUUAAAGCAGUUUUUGCUGAUUGUAUAUUAUUCGUUUUUUUUUUGAAAAAAUUAUUCGUUAAUUAUUUACUGUAUACUAUACUUG